AUGACCCCUUCAACUCCAUUCCGCCAUCCCGCAUCGCGCUCCAACGCCGGCCCCCAAUUCGCAUCGACGCCUCGUUUUGUCUUCUCGCAGCCGCAGAGCAGUUCGACUCAACACCGGGGUGAUGAGAAGGAACUGGUGGAUGAUAUUUCGAAUGACUCGCCCUCGACCGUUCGAUAUGCCGAUAGGGAUGCCGCGCGGGGAGAUGUGAUUGAGGAUGCGGAGAAUGAACGUGAUAUUGGUGACAGCCGGCGGGAUAUUCUACAUGAAGAGCUCGAUAGCACUUCAAUUGCUUCCGUGGAGCUCGACUCUGAGUUUGAGGAUCUAUUCGAACCCCCAGAGCGCACGAAGAAGAGGAGGCGGAUAUCGCCAGCGCCAGAGCCGGACAACACACCGUCGCGUGAUUAUGGGGGGAUACAAAAUGAUACUAUCUUGACUUCUUCUCCUGGUGCUGGUCCUGAUUCGCGGUUGUGGAAUGAGGAGCCGCCAGUUACACCUUUCCCGCGCUGUCCUAGGCCAACACAGCAACCUCAGUUCCAAGAUGGACCUAUGCCGACAGGAACACCCAAACCAACUACACCGGCCACAGCGAAACCAGCUUUCCGUCAUUAUCCUCGCUUCUUACUCUCCCAAAAGCCACCGCCAAGUACUCAGACGAGCCCUGCUUCAGCACCGGUAUUCGCAUCACAACCGCCAUCCUCAACUCCACGCCGCAAACCAGCCUUCGUACUACCACGCUCACCCUCGCCCUCGGCUACUCAAGAUACAGCACCUCUACCGACUCCGUUUUCGCCAUCGUCGCGUACGCUCCGUCGACGGGGUCGCGCCCGAAAUGAUGUUCCAGGGUAUGUACCUGGUGGUAUGGCGGCUGAGGUUCGGGGUUGGGUGUUGGAGAUGGGGACGAAGCGGGAGCAAUUGGAUGGUCCUGUGGCAAGAUCUGAUAUGCAGGCGGGGGUCGAUGUGAGGAAGUACUUUGUGACUGUGAGGGUUGUCAGGAUGGUGAAGGGUGUUUUGAGGAGUUCGGGGGCGGUGGCUUCUGUUGAAGCUGAACUCAUAACCAAGGAUACUGAGGGAGGGGAGGGUGGGUCACGGAGAAUUCUUCUUAUGGGUUCGCCUCGUUCUCGAUCUAGGGGAUCUGACCUCCAAGAGGGUUCCGUUAUAGGGAUUUAUCGAGGGUUGAUGUGGGAAAUCGAGCUGGACGGGGGCGGUGUAAACGAUCUAGUGAGAGGUAAUCUGGGUGUAGCUGAUUUAGAUGACCGCCGGCCUUCAAGUUCAGAUGACUGCGAGCGAUGGCUUGUAGUCAUGGCGUGGGAUCUGCUAUAA